AAGAAAUAUUUGUAUCAAACAAACAAAAAAUGGAGAACAAAUCAAUCAUCAUUGUCUUAGCCCUAUUUCUAUGCAGCAUCACAAUUCCAGUGCAUUCUGAAUACCAUUCAGAAGGAAACAUAAAAGCUCUCCAUCUAAAAGAGAAAGUAACCCAUCUUCAUUUCUACCUCUUCGACAUCCUCAGUGGAAAAAACCCUAGUGCAGUACAAAUCGCACAGCCCAACAUCAGCCUCGGAUCAUCGCAAUCAGCAACACCGUUCGGCCAUCUCUACGCCAUCGACGAUCCGUUAAAAGACGGUCCAAAUGAAACCUCUAACGUGAUUGGAAACGCGCAGGGUCUUUAUUUAUCUUCGAGUAAGAGUGAGAAUUUAACGCUUGUUUUGUACGUUGAUUUUGGUUUUACUACAGGGAAGUUUAAGGGAAGCUCCUUGAGCCUUUUUUCGAGGAAUCCUGUUACUGAACCAAAGCCUCGUGAGUUGGCUAUUGUUGGUGGGAGAGGGAAGUUUAGAUUGGCGAGAGGUUAUGCGAAGGUUAAGACGCAUUUUUUGGAUUUCAAAAAUGGUGAUGCCAUUCUUGAGUAUGAUGUUACUGUUCUUCAUUACUAGUGAAUGUGGGAGAGAAUAAUAAUAUGUUGUUAUUCUGUUUUUAGUUUUGAAUAAAGGGAAAUUAAUGUAUACAUUGUUUUCAUGACUUGUGGUUUUCUUAUGUAUUUUUAUUUUGUUUAGAGUGGUGAUCUAUUUUAUUCAAUGAGAAAAAUGGUGAUGAGUAAGUUAGAUUUUGA